AAUGCGUAAGUCAAAAACAGUGGCAACUAAUCUGCUCAGGGAAGCUUUUGAUUCCAAAAUCAUCCUCCUAGUUUCUCUCUUUACCUUCUUCCUACUGUAUAGGAUAUUAAAAAUGAGGCAUGCAAAGAGUUUUCUUCUUCUUCCUCCAGGGCCUCCAAAGCUCCCAGUUAUAGGAAACAUGCACCUGCUGUCGGGUCCAGGGCCUCAUCGCAACUUGUGGGAGUUGGCUAACAAGUAUGGGCCACUGAUGUUCCUCAAGCUUGGUUCUGUCUCAACCAUCAUUGUCUCGUCAGCUGACGUUGCUGACGAGGUCAUGAAGAACAAAGAAUAUCUGCAAACCGGCCAAAACUUGCAGCUUCGGAGAUUCUUGGAUACAAUUACACUGAUAAUUAUCUUCGGGAAGAAGUUCGAAGAUCAAGAACGGUUCAGAGCAGCCAUAAAACAGUGUACGUCAUCGGCUGCAGGGUUUCACGUCGGGGACUUCUUCCCUUCUCUUUCCUUCGUCGGUGUAAUCAGUGGAAUGAAAGCCAAACUGAGGAAGAAUUUCCUCGAGUUAGAUAACAUCACAGACAAAACAAUCGGAGAAUACAUUACGAAGAAAAAAUCGAAUGGAAUCGGGAACGAAGAUCAGAGAAGUGACUCCCGACCUUAUUUGAAAGGGUGCCUGAGUCGAAACGGCCCGAAGCAAACCGGCAUUCCCGCCUUCACCGUUCCCUUUAUAAACCACCCCAUUUCUCAAUCUUCACCUCUCUAUCUCUCCGACGCCGCCGGUUUACCAUCACUCAUCGCCAUGAAUCCACCAACCGCCUCGGAAGGAUCGACGGAGGGAAACGAAAGCAUGUAUCCAUCGAUAUCGUUAAUUGAAACGGGAAGCACUGGCGAAGCUUAGGGACUCCUAAAAGUUUCAAAAGCUUGAUUACUUCUCCAUUACUUCCACGAAGAGACACAAAAUACCCGCGAGCGUUGGACUCUGUUAAAAUUAAAUAGAAUCAGAACAC